AUGGAUCAAGCACAAUACGAUGCGAUCAAGGACAACUGGGCGGAGGUGGAAGAUAGAGAUGGAGUCAGGCUCAGUUGGAAUAUUAUUCCAUCAACACGCAUGGAAGCAAAUAGACUGGUGGUGCCCGUGAGUCUCAUGCUCACGCCUCUCAAGGAGCUCAACAAGCCCCUCCUGAAUUACGAACCUGUCACUUGCAAGCCUCCCUGUCGAGCAGUCCUCAAUCCGUUCGCCAACGUCGAUGUCCGAGCAAAGAUAUGGAUCUGUCCAUUCUGUCUGCAGAGGAAUCAACUCCCUCGUCACUAUGGAGACAUCAGCGCUGAAAAUGUCCCCCCUGAAAUGCAUAGCCUGAACACCACGGUAGAAUACCAGCUUGCUCGGCCUGCGCCAGCACCCCCUAUCUUCGUCUAUGUCGUUGAUACCGCGAUAGAAGAGGACGGAUUGCAGGCCUUGAAGGAGACCUUGGUCAUGAGCUUGUCACUACUCCCAGCCAACGCCUUGGUCGGAUUGGUGACGUUCGGAACAAAUGUUGCUGUGCAUGAAAUUGGCUACACUGAGUGCCAGAAGUCAUACGUCUUCAGAGGAAGCAAGGAUUAUGCUGCAAAGCAGGUUCAGGAGAUGCUUGGUCUCUCGGCUCCAGGACUGAGACCUAACGUACCGCCUCAACAAGGACGACCCCCGCCACCAAUGGGACCAGCAGCUCGAUUCCUCCUGCCCGUUCAGCAAGCCGAAUUCCAGAUUACAAACGCCAUUGAGCAGCUGCAGAAGGAUCCAUGGCCUGUCGCAAACGACCGUCGUCCGCUUCGGUGUACCGGCGUUGCUAUGAGCAUCGCUGUGGGCCUGUUGGAGACCUCCUUCCAGAAUGCAGGAGCGAGGCUUAUGCUUUUUGCUGGUGGCCCGGCCACUGAAGGACCGGGUCUUGUGGUUGCUCCUGAACUGCGUGAGCCCAUUCGUUCGCACCACGACAUUGACCGCGACAAUGUCAAAUACUUCAAAAAGGCCAUCAAGUUCUACGAGAACCUGGCCAAGCGUACGGCACACAACGGGCACAUCAUUGAUCUCUAUGUCGGCUGUCUUGACCAAGUUGGCUUGCUCGAAAUGAAGAGCCUUGCGAACUCGACUGGUGGUCAUAUGGUGUUGACUGACAGUUUUACCUCCUCACAAUUCAAGCAGUCUUUCGUCAGAGUAUUUGACAAGGACGAAAACGACAAUCUUCUUAUGGGCUUCAAUGGCUCACUGGAAGUGGUUACCACGAAGGAGCUUAAAGUCACUGGUCUCAUUGGUCAUGCUGUGUCGCAAAAUAAGAAGUCAAGUUCUGUAGGUGAGACAGAGUGUGGUAUUGGAAAUACCUGCCUAUGGAAGAUGUGCGGCAUUGAUCCUACCUCAAGUUACGGCAUUUACUUCGAAGUUGCCAACCAAGGUGGCCCAACACCAGUGCAACAAGGUCCACAACGAGGCAUGAUGCAAUUCUUGACAUACUACCAGCACUCCUCCGGCCAAUAUCAUCUCCGCGUCACGACUGUCGCUCGGAAUUUGAGUGGACCGGCCGGUGACCCAGCAUUGGCACAGUCUUUCGACCAAGAGGCUGCCGCCGUGCUCAUGGCAAGAAUUGCAGUCUUCAAAGCCGAAGUCGACGAUGGGCCGGAUGUGCUGCGAUGGGUCGACCGAAUGCUCAUUCGACUCUGCUCCCGCUUUGCCGACUAUCGCAAAGACGAUCCGACAUCGUUCCGACUCGACAAGAACUUUACCUUGUAUCCUCAAUUCAUGUUCCAUCUUCGCAGAUCUCAAUUCCUCCAAGUCUUCAAUAACUCUCCUGAUGAAACGGCCUUUUAUCGACACGUACUCAACCAUGAAUAUGUGGGGGAUUCAUUGAUCAUGAUACAGCCGACUCUAGAUUCUUACGGUCUCGACCAUGAAGGCGGCGUGCCGGUCUUGCUCGAUUCUGCUUCUAUCCAACCUCAGACAAUCCUUCUUCUCGACACAUUUUUCCAAAUCCUCAUUUUCCAUGGUGAGACUAUGGCCGAAUGGCGAAAAGCUGGUUAUCACGAACAGGAAGGGUACGAGAAUUUCAAAGCAGUUCUGGAUGCUCCCAAGGAAGAUGCCCGAGAACUGGUUCAAGACCGUUUCCCGCUACCUAGAUUCAUCAUCUGCGACGCCGGCGGUUCUCAAGCACGUUUCCUGUUGUCGAAGCUCAACCCAUCGACCACUCAUGCAACUGGAGGUUAUGGAGGCGUCUCUCAGACUGCACAAACGAUUUUCACGGAUGAUGUGUCAUUACAGACGUUCAUGGACCAUCUCAUGAAUCACGUGCAACACACAUCUUGGCAAAAACUUCCCAAAUUCAUCUCUUACCUGCGAAUCGCAAUUCUGAACUUUUUGUUUCGUUCGACCAGUCAAGACAAUUUUCCAACAACCCUCGAGAAAGACAGACCACCUUUCGCACUCGCCAUGCCUCCCAAGUUAGACCCCAACGAGAUCAAGAUCAUCCACCUCCGUGCCACCGGUGGUGAGGUCGGUUCAUCAGCAACUCUCGCUCCCAAGAUUGGUCCUCUCGGUCUGUCUCCCAAGAAGGUCGGUGAAGACAUUGCGAAGGCUACUGGCGACUGGAAAGGUCUCCGGGUCACCAUCAAGCUCACCAUCCAAAACCGUCAAGCCGCUGUCUCCGUCGUUCCCUCCGCCUCUUCCCUUGUCAUCAGAGCUCUGAAAGAACCUCCCCGUGACCGAAAGAAGGAAAAGAACAUCAAGCACUCCAAGUCCAUUCCUCUGGAUGAGAUUUUCGAUAUCGCACGAACCAUGCGUGGCGCGAACAAGUCUCUUUCUCGGGAGCUCAAGGGUACUGUGUUGGAAAUUCUAGGAACAGCCUUCAGCGUUGGUUGCCAAGUUGAUGGCCGAUCACCAAAGGAGAUCAGUGAUGAGAUCAAGGAGGGCAACAUUGAGGUUCCCGAAGAGUAAACUAUCAAUGCUGAAAAUUCUUAAAUGAACACUCGGCGUGAUGAUACCCAUGAGCAUUUUCUGAACAUGAAAACAAUAUGAACCAGAAUUCUCCAUCCCC